AGCGGGCGCAGCGCCGGCGCCGGCAGAGGGGUGGCUCUGCUCCGCCUUGGAGGGCCUUAAAGGGGCCGCGCGCCGCGGGGUCCAGCCGGCUGGGACCAUGGCUACGAGCGCCGUUCCAAGUGAUAACCUCCCCACAUACAAGCUGGUGGUGGUCGGAGAUGGUGGCGUGGGAAAGAGCGCUCUCACCAUUCAGUUUUUCCAGAAGAUUUUUGUGCCAGACUAUGAUCCAACCAUUGAGGACUCCUACCUGAAACACACGGAAAUAGACGGACAGUGGGCUAUUCUGGACGUGCUAGACACCGCAGGGCAAGAGGAGUUCAGCGCCAUGCGGGAGCAAUACAUGCGGACAGGAGACGGGUUUCUGAUAGUGUAUUCAGUCACGGACAAAGCCAGCUUUGAACAUGUGGACCGGUUCCACCAGCUCAUCCUCAGGGUCAAAGACAGAGAAUCAUUUCCAAUGAUUUUGGUGGCCAACAAAGUUGAUUUAAUGCAUUUACGAAAAAUCACCAGGGAACAAGGAAGAGAAAUGGCAACUAAACAUAAUAUUCCAUACAUAGAGACGAGUGCCAAGGACCCGCCUCUAAAUGUGGACAAGGCCUUCCAUGAUCUCGUUAGAGUAAUAAGGCAGCAGAUCCCAGAGAAAAGCCAGAGGAAGAAGAAAAAAACCAAAUGGCGAGGAGACAGAGCGACAGGCUCCCACAGAGCGCAGUGUGCCAUUUUGUGAUGGGGGGAAGGGGGCUCUGGGUGUCCCCCGCGCACCCCGAGAUGAACUAAAAAGCACUAGCGAAGACGCGCUGUCCUGCCUAACUGCACCGUACUGCUUCUAACAGAGGAACUUGACGGGGGGGGAUCGGACUUGCAGCUUGAACGGCAGCCGGACCGCUCGGGCCUGGCCUGGGUUGCAAGCAGCACCGAGUGCAUUGCAAGCACGAGGAGGAGGAGGGGGCAGCAAGGACCUGGACUCGCAAACAUCCACAACCCCCAGCUCCUUCCAGAGGCCUCCGUGAUGUUUAUUUAAAUAGGGGGAAAAAAAAAAAAAAGUGUUGGUUUUAUCUGCAAACGUUUCUCCAUGUGACCCAUUUCGACACGGCCGUGAAAGCCCCCCUGUUAGGUACAGUCAGUUGUGUGUGUAUGUGUGGGAGGGGAGGGAAGGGAAGUGGGGGUUUGUUUGCUCAGUAAGCGCUGGGCUGGAAAGAAACACCGCCGGGGUUAGUUUCUUUUGCACUGAACUCUCUCCAUGGUGGUGCCACAACACAACUUCAUAGGAAAGUGCAGAGAUUUGGAGCAGGAAAAUGAAUUCCAGCUGCUCUCGGCACUCCAGACAUUGUGUCAGACCCUGGAGAGCAGCCAGCUCGCCGACCAGAAACUCCAGCUGAGACAAGACGGUUUGGGGGUGAUUUUUUUACCCUGCGCCGGGCGGUUUUGUUUCUCUGUUUUGUAUUUUGGGGGCAUGUCGGACUCACAAAGACGUUUUGUUAAGCUGGAAGUAUUUAAAUUAAAGUCAUUUACAAAUGGAAA